AUGACUACUUCAAAGCCACGAUCGAGCAUGACAAUAUCCAGGACUGAUUCCCAGACCUUCGAGCAGUGUCGAAACCCAGCCUUCGUACAGGCAGUAAAUCGCGCUGCCAAUCUUAAAAUAUUGGUCGCUAUCAAGUCGGGCAAGCUACGUGUAGUAGAACCUCCAAAGCAAACAUCACCGCUUGUAGCGCGGUACACACCACGUAUGGAUAUCAUUGACGACCCCUCGUCCUCAAACCUCGCUGCUAUCUUCGAAGUCCCAGGAAUAACGACAGAAAACAUUAAGCUGACGAUUCACGAAGGACAACUUCAUCUGUAUGGCGAGAGACGAGCACCCUACCCUACCCGCGUGGAGUCCUUCCCAAAUAAUUCCUCUCUACCCUUCAACGUCCUUACUUUGGGAGACAAGUUGGACACAGGCAGUCCGAGUCAAGUCAAGGUCCACGUCCAAGAAAUCUGUUUCGGUACCUUCCAGCGGAGUAUACCCCUUCCCAAGGGCAUCAAGAUGCAAGACAUCCAUGCCAAUCUUUCAGAUGGACUGUUGACGGUGACGUGGCCUCGGUCACCCGCCCAAACCUGUAUGGAAAAUCACAGAGCAGCUGCUGGCAAAUCGGUCAAGUCUUUCAAUUCAAGUCCCCCCAUGCACACAAUGGCUGCGGGCACUGCCUCUCAGUAA